UAUUUUUCCUUCGCGUUUUAAAUCGCGUUUACCGUACUCUAUGUCGACUGUCCAUAAAAAUACAUCCAAGCAAUCGCUCGAAGUGCCGCGAUAAAGCCCACCCUAUACUUAUCUUCUAUCUGCCCUACUCGUGUAUCUUCCUCUUGGCCAUUCUCGCAACUAGCUCUUUCGGGCAUCCGUAAUUCAUAAGCCAGAGUGCACACGACCACCUUUUCACCUGCCACUUUCCACCCGAGCUGGCAAUUCCGUUUCAUCGCAUGUCCCCCGCAACCCCGAAGCAGCAAGCGUUGAGCGAACACGAUCGAACGAUUGCUUGGUAAAUAAUUCACGGGACGGCGUCUUUUCAUUUUCGCCAAGCGUAACCAUUCGUAUCGACGUCUCGCGAUCGGAUAUAGCUGCAGGCUAAAUAGAUUGUUCGCUUCUUCGUCGUGCGGUUAGUCAAAAUGGCGAACUUUUUGGCUGCCCCGUACGUCGUUCUGACACUUUUGGUUGGCUUGUCACGGACUAGUGAAUUCGGAAGUCCGUCGAUGCCACCGACGAUACUGACCCUUCAGAUGAUCGUCGACUACGCCGUCGACGAGCGAUGGAAGCAGGUCGUCUUGUUCGACUGCAUCGGAAAUAAUGGUUUGGGCUGCUCUCUCUCUCUCUCUCUCUCUUAUUUUCUCGGCGUUUUUAAUGUUUAUGCGAUUAUAAGAGCGGGGAUUAUUGAAUAUCUGUGCGCAGAUUGCACUCGUCCAUAUGCUAGGCCGGUAGUGGAAUGUUUUUUCAAAAAGGGUAUCGCCGUGUCCAUAAAGUCUCUCACAGAAACGACGGAACUUCCAAAGGUCCUCAAAGUCGAUGCCUAUCGGAUCGGAGUGGUCCUACUGCUCGACGAUAUCGAUCUCAACGUCGAGGACAACCUGCUCAAUAAGAUAAUGGUGAAAAACAAAAAUGUGAGAUCGAUGAUCCUGGGCGAGUACGCCUCUUGGCUGCUGGUCAGCACUAAGUGGAACAGUACGCAGAUUUUCGAUGCGGUACAGGAAUGGCCGACCGGCGUCGACAGCGACGUCACCAUCGCCAUGUCCUUUCUCUCAGCCGAUGUCGUACUUUCUGUUUUACGUCAAUUUACUAACAAAACCUGUGAGAGCUUGCGCAACUACGGGCAACGCUACGAUUACGCGCGUCUGCGUCGCAGCCAGAGCAUCGCACCGCCCGAGGCGAUCUUCGUCCAGGACACGGAGAACGCUUCGCAUACCAUAAUGGUAUUUUACAGCGUAACGGUUUACAAGAUCCGAGUGGACGGAAAUGCGAGUAUCAUUAAAGAUAACUGGAAUACCUGGAGUCCGAGCCGCAGGUUCGUCAACAAGGAGCGCAACCUCUCCAAGCAGAGGAGUGACCUUAGGAAUUACAGCAUGAACUUUGGACUGCAGAACAGCAGCACUUUCUACGGGGACGAUGCUAAAGCUCUCGGCGAGGGCGAGCACGCAAGCAGUGUUGAUACGCUCAAAGAGCUCAUCAGACUCUUUGAGAAGUGUCUCAACGCCAGUGCAAACACGACCAUCUACAUUUUCCGCGAGACUGCUCAGGUGACCAAGGAGAACAACGACCUGGUUCACGGUAUCACCAGGGGUGAGAUCGACAUUGGAGCUGCUUUCUUUGAUGUCGAUCUCGAUCGGACUAACAACAUGCUGUCGUUCAGUUAUCCUAUUGUUCAUUUCCGUCGAAGCAUCUACUUCAAGCCACCGGAUACCUACAGCAACAUCUUCCUGCAACCGUUCAGCAACAGGUUGCUACUAUCCGUGCUGGGAACUUUGAUCGUCAUCGUCGCUGUUAUGGAGGUCAUCAACUACGUGACUUUGCUGAUACAUUGGAAGGAGGACCAGGAACACUUUGGCCUCGGCGAAGCGACGCUCUGGUGCCUCAGCAUUAUGUGCAUGCAAGGAUCUCCCUGGACGCCGCGAACGCGAGCCGGGAAGACCGUGCUUCUCGCCAGUCUCAUAUUCGCCCUGAUCAUCUACAACUCAUAUUCCGGCUUCAUAACUUCGAUCCUUUCGGUCAAGUCCAAUACCAUUAACAACGUGUCCGAUUUUUUUAAUUACGACUACACCUUCGGCUGCAGCAAGAGCGACAAUAAUUACAUAAUUUUGAAGGACGAGCUUCGAAACUUUUACGUGAAGGCUUUGGAGAGCAGCCAGAUGAAAGUCCCGGAGAAGACUGGUUUGGAGAAGACCAUAAAUGGCAGUUAUGCCUUCUUCGUAAGCGAGACUGUAGCCAAGCGAAUUCUGCGCAGUGCUUUGUUGUUUCAGAGCUGCAAGAUCAGCGAAUUGACGACUAACACGCCUGGAACUCUGGCCCUGCCCAUGUCCAAAGAUAGUCCGUACACAAAGAUCAUCAAUGUCAGCAUUCUGCGCAUGUGGCAGUACGGCAUACUGCGCAAGCUGACUCUGCAGAUCAAGCCGCCGCUGCUGAGUUGCACCGGUGCUCUCAAGUACAAGCAGGCCCACCUCGCUGACGUCUACGGGGCUUUCAUCAUUUUGCUGGCUGGUGUCGUGAUCUCGAUUGUUCUCUUCUUCUUCGAGCGCGCCUGGGUCAGCAAGCAGCAGUUGCGCGGCAUACAGCGCCGGAUCACUGGACGAGGGCGUAGUGAUAAUACCGGUGAUACGCUCGGAUCGCGACCUCAAGGUGUCCUUGUCACCGCCAGGUUACCGAUGCGGAUUUUGGGCAUUGACCGCGAUUCUGCAGCAGCCUGGAACAAUGAGCAUCAGCAGCAGCAGAAACAAAAUAGCUCCAAUGAAAACGAAUCUACGAUCGGACCGAGAGCUCUUUUUCCGCGGUCUCGUAAGCGAAGCGACGGAGAAGAGCUUGUUACGAGUGGCGACGGUACCGCAAACCAGCGAGUAUUCCCUUUCUGUCCGUGAAGUCGCUCUGACUCGAGUAAA